AUGAGCUCGCCGCAGAAGAAGACCGCCGCCGCAACAGAGGGUAACCUCUCUGUUGCUCAGUACCAUGAGCGCCAGCAGGCAAAGCGCGACGCGCUCGCUGCAAAGGACGCGUCGGGGACAACCCAGCCGGAGAUUGUCCUCGAAGGUUCCUCUGUAGUCAACGACGCCGUUGACUACGAGGACGGCGACGUGGAGAUGGAAGAGGGCGAAGUCUCUUCUAGCAAGCGCAAGGAAUCUAUCGACAGCGACAGUCUCGACCCACAUGCCGGGUCGAGACGCCCUCGUGAAGGGGACGACUCGAACGCUUCGAGCUCGAAGCGUUCGCGCGGCGAGAGCGAUACUCCGCGCUCUGCUGCUGGGGCUUUAAGCUCCCCGCGCGCUGCUCAGGCAGCGCGCGAUCCGUGGAUGCCGUCUGCGUCAGAGAUUGCAGACCGUGUGGGCAACACUGUGCCUCCAAAUGAAACUCCGCUGUACGUAUGCAGCGGGAUCCACGAUGAUGCUGUGGCGGAGGAGCAGCACUUUGAUCCGUUAACGAAUCAAAGGCGCGAUUACUAUAUCGGACUCUUUCACGAGCUCCGAUACUUCUCCAGCAAGAAGACCUCUUCUCGCAGCAAAGUGCCUGAGUGGCAGGCACUUUGUCAAAGUUGGAAUGCUUUUCUUGAGAACUUCAACAAGAAGCCGGCUGCUUACCGUGAGCGGGUUAAGCAUGCCCGCGAGCGCUUCGAGACAUUCUCGACGCGCGGGAGGCUGGAGCAGCUCCACAGAUCCUCUGUGGACGCUGGUAUUCCAUGCGCUGUGCCCGAAGGCCAUCAGUGCACGUUGUUUCUUCCGGGUGCGGUGCGCUUGAGCGACCGCGACCUAAACGGGUACACGACGAUUCGUGUUCCUGAGAGUCUCAAGGAUCUCCGUGCCAAGUUCUUGGCACGUGAGGAACGCGACGAUCGUGGGACCUCGGGCGCUGUAGGUGACCACAGCGCUCGCACUACCUUCGCGUCGGCAGUGCGUGGUGAGCUUCGUACGCCCUCACCAUUUCCGGAACGUCCUGCGGCAGGACGUCCCGUGGCUCCCAUCGUGUUGAGGCGCGGGCGUCGUGGAUCGGAGGCGGCGGUGGUGGGAACACGCCCCGGGUAUGGUCAACCUGGGGUUGACCUUGGCCCGACGCUCGAAGAGCGGGUCGCUGCUGUGGAACAGCAUCAGAGCCGGGAGUUCGCCGCUCUGAAGCAGGAGGUGGCGAUCCUGAGGGCUCAAGUCGCUCAGGCCUCGCAGACCGCGUCGGUCUCUGUCGACGUGGGAGGUCGCGUCGCACGCCUGGCCCAGCGCGUUCACGCACUGGAGCAGAGGUUCGCUCCCGCUGGGGCUUCCGCUUCGGGCCAGCCGAGCUAG